AUGGAACAAUGUUCUGUUUGUCUAGAGAAAGACUUCAAGUACACUUGUCCAGCAUGUGGGACAAAAACUUGUUCUGUCGAAUGUGUGAAGCGUCAUAAGCUUCGAUCGGAAUGCACGGGCCAAGUGGAUCCAACAAAGUUUGUGCCUAAGAAGAAGCUUUCCGCUGACCAAGCUUUAGUGAACCGAGACUACAAUUAUCUUCUUAACUUUGAGCGGACAGUUCAACUUGGCAAGUCUGACAUCAAAGUGAAUGCCAAGAAUAUCUUCAAACGGGGAGCCGGUCAGAACCAAGGCCACAAACGACAAAAAGUGGAAUCUGAAAAAGACCCUCGUAUAGAGAAAGUUAAUCAGAUAUUCCCUCAUCAGCCACAGACCUCUGUGAAACGCCAGAAUACCUUGGUUAUACACCUACCUCCAGGAAUGUCUCGAGCAACCCAAAAUAAGUCUGGCUACGACAAAAAAGCCGGAGCGUUUACCUGGACAGUGGAGUGGAUCCCUGUAGAUGCCACGGGUUGUACAAGAAAGCCAUUCAUUAGUUUUCGCAUGAAAGAGACCUUACCUCUUAAGGAUGCCGUGCCAAUGACGGUUUUUGAAAAUGCAAUAGGUGCCAACGUUGAUAAAGACACUCUUCAUUUUUACCUCGACAAUUGCAUCAGUGGGAAAGAGGGAAAUGAGGUGAUAGCUUUGGAUCCCCAAAUGAGCCUUGCAUCAGCAUUAUCGAAUAAGAUUGUGCUCGAAUUCCCAAAAAUAUACGUGGGAGUGGACGACUCGAUGGAUAAGUAUGUCUGUUCGGAGAACAAAGCAUAUGGUGUUGACGGCUCUGACUCUGAGAAAUCAGAAUCUGCAACGGAUUCCGAUUCAGAUGAUUCAGAUUCCGACUCAGACUCGGAUACCGAUUCAGAAGACUCAGACUCAGACUCAGACUCAGACUCGGGGCCAGAGGAGACCUCCUCCAAACCGGAUAACGUUGAAUUGGUAAGAGAUGCAGGUGAAUUAACGGAGGUGAUUGCAGAGCCAGUUGAAUCAAAAUUAACCGGUGAUGAGGAAAAAUCGCUUUGA